AUGGGCGUGCUCCCAAGGAACCGAGUGAUAAUAAUGAUCACUCCAUUAAUUGCACUAGGAGAUACCCAAGCUGCAGAGAUGUGUUCUUUGAACAUCAAAGCUGUUGCUGUUCAUAGCAAUAGCAUUCAAACGGCUUGUGAGGAAGGGCACAACCUGUUGGAUGAAAUCUGGCAGUGUCAAUGGCUAGUGUCAAUAUGGAGUCCAGAAAAGCUCCAUGCAGCUGAGGCCAAUGUGGCUUUGCAAGAUCCAACUUAG